UUCCGGCGUGUGGCUCAGCAGGGAUCAGAGAGGCGCGUCGACACCAUGAAGGCGCUCAUCCUCGUCGGAGGCUUCGGGACUCGCCUCCGCCCUCUCACGCUCAGCUUCCCCAAGCCCCUCGUGGAUUUCGCCAACAAGCCCAUGAUUCUGCACCAGAUUGAAGCUUUGAAGGAAGUUGGUGUGACAGAGGUUGUUCUAGCCAUCAACUACCGUCCAGAGGUCAUGAUUAACUUCCUGAAGGAUUUUGAGGAUAAGCUUGGCAUCACAAUCACGUGCUCCCAGGAAACCGAACCCUUGGGAACUGCUGGCCCUCUUGCCCUAGCGAGGGACAAGCUUCUGGAUGGAUCUGGCGAGCCGUUCUUUGUCCUCAACAGUGACGUCAUAAGUGAAUACCCAUUUGCUGAGCUCAUACAGUUUCACAAGAGCCAUGGUGGUGAGGCAACAAUCAUGGUCACCAAGGUGGAUGAACCAUCGAAAUAUGGUGUUGUGGUUAUGGACGACACGACUGGAGUGGUUGAAAAAUUUGUAGAGAAGCCAAAAAUAUUUGUAGGGAACAAGAUCAAUGCAGGAAUCUACUUGUUGAAUCCAUCAGUCCUGGACCGCAUCGAACUGAAGCCUACGUCAAUUGAGAAGGAGGUCUUCCCUCGAAUUGCAGCUGAUCAAAAGCUCUACGCUAUGGUCCUUCCAGGUUUUUGGAUGGAUAUUGGUCAGCCAAGGGACUACAUUACUGGCUUGCGCCUGUACCUAGAUUCGCUUAGGAAGAGAUCAGCUGCCAGGCUAGCCUCUGGAACCCAUGUCGUCGGGAACGUCCUGGUGCACGAGAGUGCCAAGAUUGGGGAGGGUUGUCUGAUUGGUCCUGAUGUUGCUAUUGGACCUGGCUGUGUUGUGGAGGAUGGCGUGAGGCUUUCCCGAUGCACGGUGAUGCGUGGUGCGCGUAUUAAGAAGCAUGCUUGCAUCUCAAACAGCAUUGUUGGAUGGCACUCGACUGUUGGAAAAUGGGCACGCAUAGAAAAUGUGACUAUCCUGGGAGAGGAUGUACAUGUAGGUGAUGAGGUCUACAGCAAUGGUGGUGUUGUUCUCCCACACAAAGAGAUUAAGUCGAGCAUCCUGAAGCCUGAGAUCGUCAUGUGAGCUCACCACUUUUGGUCAUGGUGCACAGAUGUUUAUUUAUGAACAAUGUCGCCUGGUGUUUUCUAGUGCAUACUGUAAACAGUUUGAUAUAUGUGGUAGUUGUGAGACUCGCUAAAUUGUUGACCAUGUAUGUGCAUCAGUCAUUUCCAGUGUUGUCUCAUCGAGGGUUCAGUAUGCGGAACGAUUGGGAUUGAUUAAGCUUCCAGCUUUAGGAUAGCUCUGUGGGGAUGUCGUCCUGUUUAUUUGUUUUCCUUGUUUACUGAAAGUGUAAUGACAAUGGCAUAGGGGGAAUAAAGAAGAGCAGUGUUUUCAGACUUAAA